AUGUGUUGUUGCUUCGUCAUGUUCUUUCAAAGUCUUUCUUUGAUCAUCCCACUUAUGCCACACCUUGGGAAGUGCAGGGAAGUUGGCUUCACGUCCGAUUGGCGGCGGCUGAACGUGGCUUUGACACGAGCAAAGCGCCUCUGUGUGGUCCUCUGCAACGUGCCGACGUGGUUGAAGGCGGACAGCGGCCUCAUUCGCGACUGGAUCGGCUUCCAUCGUAUCGGUCGGGCGGACGUGCGCGCCUACCGCGGCGGCUCGCUGACGCACCUGCCCGAGGAGAUCGCGGAGGAAGUCAAGAAAUUGAGAGACGAGUUCAACAAGAGCAACCCGACGCCAGGCAAGCUCGCACGUGCUGAGAAGGCGGCGCGCAACGUCUCGGCGGCGGGAAAGCGACAGCGCGAGGUCACGCAGCUGCUGGAGGAUGCCAUCAAGGGAACCGACGAGGCCGUGCUCAAGACCAUGAUCCAGCAGGCCAAGGAGGCGGGCGUCGAGAAGAGCGUCAUCGACGAGGCCGAGAACAAGAUGGAGUGCUUCGUCGCCGCCAAGGCCCUCGCCUCCGCCGUGGCCAACCGCAACCCCACCCAGCUGGUGCAGGCCCUCAUCCAGGCGAAGAUGGCUGGUGUCGACGAGAAGACGAUCGAGGAGGGUUGA